GCUUCAGUCGUGUUCCUGAAGGUUUUGCACGUCUGGCAGCAUAUUCUGCGACCCAGCCUUGGUUAAAUAAACCCGUAUGUAAUCUGAAACUGAGCAGACAACAUAGCGAAUACAAUUUGGCUUCUUUCUUCACAAUGAAGAAUAAUGGAAUCUGCUAUAGGACUGAUGAUGAUAUGGUUUAUGUCGAACAACAAGCUUUUUACAUCGUGACCGAAACUUUUCGUCUGGGUAUGAAUGGAUGGAGAAAAAAAUGUGUUUAUUUGCUAUUGACAUUUCUCUUGAUGACGAUAGUAAUUAACUUAUCGUUGACAUUGUGGAUGAUAAAAGUAUUGGAAUUUUCUUUGGACGGAAUUGGUCUCCUAAAAAUAAUGAACCAGGGGCUUAAGUUGAAGGGAAAUUCCUAUAUUGUAGACAACUUAACAGCAAAUAGCAUUAAAUCCAGAACCGGAGAGCCAUUAAGUAUAAAAUCUAAUAAAGAUUUUAUGAUGCGUUCUAGAAAUGCAAAUGGAAUUUUAAGUAACUACAUGCAUCUGGAAUCAGACCAAUUCAGAGUCCUAGCCGGUAAGUUUAAAAUCGUGGACCACCGAAAGAAAGUCUUAUUCUCUGUAGGAACCAAUGGCGUGUAUAUUGGAACCGAACUUUUGAAAGUUCCAGGGGAAGUAAUCGUUGAUGGUUCCAUCCUAACUACUUUAGUAACGUCUGAAAGGGGCGAAAAAUUAAGGCUGGAAACGAGCACAAGGAAAUUGGAAGUUCUAGGUGCAAACUGUGUAAAUGUAGACUCUAGAGCGGGUAAACUUGAAGCAGAAGCAUACGACGAUUUUAGAUGUGAAUCGCGCGACGGAAGGGUCCAUUUGAUUGCGGAUUCAAUAUAUGUGCCUCAUAUUCCUACUGCAAGAGCUUCUAUUUUUCCUGUCUCUGCAAGUGUAUCUACAAUCCAUCAGAUAUGCGUCUGCGAGAACGGCAAACUUUUUACGGCGCCUUCUCAUGAGGAGUGCCAUAUGAGUAAUGACGAAGUGAUUUGCUGAUUAAUAUUAUUUCAAUUUACUUAGUUAAUUCUAAAAAAAUCUGUUACUUUUUUAGAAUUCAAUACGAUCUAUUGUAUAUUUUGCAACCCUUAGUGCAAGGAAAUGUGAAAAUCGUUGUUAGCCUAUGUUAUGCUUAUUGGUUUAUGGAACUUGUACAUUUUACAUUUAAAUGUGAAAUUUUCAAAUUAAAUGCAAAUUGACAUAUUUCAAUAACGUGCGAGGAUUGUUUUAAGUUUAGGAAUAGCUGUUGAAAUUUGCUGGAUGAUGAAUUGUAAAAAAUGUUUAGUAAGUGAUGAAAUUAGGUAGGGGAUUUAAGUAUAUCCAUAAUGACAAUCCCCUUAAAUUUCAACUGAACAAAAUCUCAUCUGCUAAUAUGCUCUCCUGAGUGUGUGUGUGCAACAUUGCAGCUUAUAUAUAAUAAACACUUCUGCACUAUUAACUCUCGUCUCGAAUGUUCAUUCAUUAUGCUCCAUUAUUCUGAAAAGCUUGGGAGUAUUCAGACGCGAUUCCCGAUGUAUUGUAUUGAACUUUUAAAUUCUUUAUUCAUAUACUUGAAUUCUAGAUUAAAUGCACGUUCUACCUUCCUUCCUCAUUUAAAAUAAACGAUUGAUGGUUUUAUUAGCUCCCUAUAUAUUGCAAUAGGAUCAUCACGUCUUCUUCCCACACAAUGCUUCCAAUACUGCCAUAAUGCACAUGCACAGAUGCUUGACGUUUUUCGUUCAUGUCUUAUAUUGAAACAAUUUUCACAGGCUGUGGAUCUUGAAGGUAAACUUCUUCUGUAUCUCAACAAUUUGUUUAGCGAAACAGAGAGUCAAUACCCAACGCAGGAGAAAUCC